GUCGGUGUGUUUAUGUUUGACACAUUUUUUUGUUUUGUCAGUUGGCAGCAGGAACAAUUAACAGCAAACUAGCCCAGACCAGGACAUAGUUGGAACUCAGUCAUUUUAUUUAACAUUUUGCAGUCUGUCUGUCUGUCUAUCUAUCUGUCUGUAUGUGUCUAUUGGCCCUCAUUCUGUAGGACAGCUAAUGUUUCUGUCGGAGGGGGCGGGACAGACCUCACAGCUCAAUCUCAGGACACGACCGGUUCACAUUCCCGUCUCCGCCGCUCUGUAUUUCUGGAACAUUUUUGGGAUCUACGGGAAAUGGCUAUUUGUCAUGGAGAACCAGUUAUUCUCUUUUAAUCGCCGUCGACUGUAUGAACUGAUGGAGUGACCGGCAGAUUGUGGACGGAGGUUCGGAUCAUCUGAACCCGUUAUAUCCGAAGAGAAAGAGAGAGAGAGAGAGAGAGAGAGAGAGAGAGAGACGCUUUGUUCGGCCAAUAAAGAAAAUAAAAAAAAUAAAAAAAAACGAAACACGUUUACUAUCAAAAUGAACAACACAGAGAAGGAAAACAGAUCAGAUGAAGACUCAGAGUCUCUAGAGGAAGAGGAUGUUGACCCGAGGAUUCAGGGUGAGCUAGAGAAACUGAAUCAGUCUACAGAUAACAUCAACAGAUGGGAGACAGAACUGGAGGACUCCCGGCAGAAGUUUCGCGCUGUCUUAGUGGAGGCAACCGUCAAGUUGGAUGAACAGGUGAAGAAGAUCGGCAAAGCUGUAGAAGACUCAAAACCAUACUGGGAGGCCAGACGGGCAGCCCGCCAGGCUCAGGUGGAGGCACAGAGAGCCACACAGGAGUACCAGAGGGCCAUUGAGAUCCUUCGGGCAGCGAAGGAAACCAUUGCGCUGGCUGAAGAACGUCUCCUGGAGGAGGACAGCAGACAGUUUGACUCGGCCUGGCAAGAGAUGCUCAACCACGCCACCCAGAGGGUGAUGGAGGCGGAGCAAAGCAGAACACGCAGUGAAAUCGAUCACAGGGAAACGGCAGCCAAAUACAACGGCGCCAUCAGCCACAUGAGACAACUGGAGAAAAAGCUCAAACGCACUAUUAACAAGUCCAGGCCAUACUUUGAAUUGAAGGGAAAAUAUUAUCUACAACUCGAGCAACUGAAAAGACGGGUGGACGAGCAUCAGACUAAACUCACCCAAGCCAAAGCUGAAUACCGGACCGCCCUGCGGAACCUGGAGACCAUCUCAGAUGAGAUUCACGCUCGCCGGCGACACUCUUCAAUGGGGCCCCGGGGCCGAGGGGUGGGGGCCGAAGAUGAUGGGGCCGCUACGGAUGAUAUCACCAACUUCAAAAUGGAGUCUGAUGGCAUAUCAAUGAUAUCCGUGAACUUUGAAGAGGAGAGUUGUAACGGCACAUCAGAGGAUGACCCUGAGACACAGUCCAUCUGCAGUAUGAGCUCCAUCUCUGCUCCUCUCAACCUGUCCUGCCCAUGCCCCUCCUCUUCUGUCCCGUAUCCUCUCCUCUCGUCCUCCUGCCCGUACCCUUCAUCCUCCUCCUCUCCUCCUCUCUCUGUCGGCACUGAUCUGUUGCAGCUGCCAGGCUCCGGGUCUCUGGAGGGGUUCGAACAGGUGUCUCCUGUGCUCGGCCCUCGCAGCGAGUGCAGCGGGGCAUCGUCACCCGACUGUGAACAGGAAAGAGGUGAAAGGGCAGAGGGUGCAGAAGAUAAACCUGACAGCACAAACAGCGUCAGCGUUCAGAAAAGCUCGCACCUGGUGAAGAGUCUGCGCAGCUUAUCGCUUCAAACUGCAGACGACAAUGAAACGGACACUCACCCUUUCACUGUGACCUCAAACACACCAGCAUUGCUGCUCCUAAACAGUGUUUAAACUCAAGAACGUCCACCUGUUCAAACCCAAACCAUCAGCGCAGGGGGCAUGUAUUCAAGACUGUGACGUGUCUAAAGGAACCAUUGUGGAAACCUUACCUGAUGAUUAAUAUGAACUAAUAUCAUCGCAGUGUUAUGGAGAUUGUUUAAUCUCAGACUGGUUUUAACCCAGAAAACCGUGAAACAGUGUUCAUGUUUCAUGUUUCCUCACCUGUGUCUCGUGAGUGGAUAGCAAUCUUUUUUCGGUCUUCUGUCGCAUUAAAGGAUUAGUUCACCCAAAAGUGAAAAUUCAGUCAUUGUUUACUCACCCCUGUGUUGUUAUAACCCUAUAUGACUUAAUUUAUUUUUCUUAACACAAAGGGAGAUAUAGUGAAUAAAUGUUGUGCUCAGUGAUGUCAUACA